AUGCCGAAACACCACAACCCUUAUUGGGACGUAUCAGAGGCCGAGUUGGGCAGCGAGAGAUUUGCAAAGCAAGAGGACGACAAAGAUGCCUUAAGUAAGCUGCGACAGGAGUUUGUGAUUCCCACAAAGGGCGAUCUGCGGAACAACAAAUACGGAUUCCAGCAGAAGCAAAAAAGCCCCACUUCAAAACACGACGACCAUGAGGACUCAAUAUAUUUUUGCGGAAAUUCUCUUGGUCUGCAACCACGCAGAACUAAAGAAUAUGUCAAUCGCUACCUGGACACUUGGGCUUCCAAGGGUGUGUUCGGCCAUUUUACCGACUAUGAGGGAGGUCUGCCGCCAUGGUUGAAUAUUGACGAUGCAGUCAAGGAGCAGACGUCGAAGAUUGUUGGGGCGCUUCCGUCCGAGGUGGUUAUCAUGGAGACGUUGACUGCGAACUUACACCUUUUGAUGGCGAGCUUCUACCGCCCAUCCAAGGACCGGUGGAAGAUCAUCAUCGAGGGCAAAGCCUUUCCCAGCGACCACUACGCCGCACUUUCGCAAAUCGCACACCACAACCUUGAUCCUUCCGCGCUCAUCACCAUCGACCCACCCUCUGCCUCUGCCCCUUACCUCUCCAACGAACAUAUCCUCUCCGUGAUCUCACACCACGCGCCGUCCACUGCACUCGUCCUACUACCCGGCAUUCAGUUCUACUCUGGCCAAUUCUUCGACAUCGAACUCAUAACACGACACUGUCGGUCACUAGGCAUAACAGUAGGCUGGGAUCUAGCGCACGCAACGGGCAACGUGCCAUUGAAGCUGCAUGACUGGAACGUCGACUUCGCCGCAUGGUGCAACUACAAAUACAUGAACGGUGGCCCAGGAGCAAUCGGUGGCCUCUUCGUGCACGAGAGACACGGGAAGGUAGAGCGAGCAUCAUCAGCCGCAUCAUCAACCAAGACCAACGGACCACAAACCACAUCGUCAGACAACAACGCACAACUCACCUACCAACCCCGCCUAAGCGGCUGGUGGGGUAGCGACAAAAGCAGUAGAUUCCGCAUGGACAACGUCUUCGUCCCCAUCCCCGGCGCCAGCGGUUUCCAACUCAGCAACCCAAGCGCAAUAGACAUGACAUCAGUAAUGGCCAGCCUCGACGUCUUCGCCCUCACAGACAUGGAUGCCCUCCGCGCCCGCAGCCUAAAACUAACCGCCUACCUCGAAGCCCGCCUCCUCAAAUACGACGGCAGCGGCGGUGACCCCCCUUACAAAAUUAUCACUCCACCGAACCCUGCAGAGCGCGGCGCUCAACUCAGCGUCCUGCUUAACCCGGGUCUCCUCGAUCAGGUCCAGCAUUACAUCGAAGAACGCGGUGUUGUCGUCGACGAGCGCAAACCUGAUGUAUUAAGAAUCGCGCCAGCGCCAUUGUAUAACUCCUUCCUCGAUAUCCACCGCUUCAUCACUGUUUUUCACGAGGCGUGUCGGAAAGCUGUCGAAGGCACUGCGACGCCCGGGGUGGAUAAGAAGGGUCUGCAUAAUGAUGUUGUGCCCAAGGCUAUUGCGACUGUGUGA